GGUGUGGUUACAGUUCGCAGUCACCCAAACAAAACAGUGCGCUCUCCCCUGUUCUUGUCUCUCUCGGUUGUCGGCGAAAUCCUUCCCCAACAGUAAAAAUCGGCAGGAGAAAGAAGAGAAGUCCGGCGCUUUGGAUGACUUCGAGUCCUCCGAUCACCGUCGUCCGGAAAGAAUUAAUUGACUGAUGGAUGUCCAAAAUUCUAUUGAUGGAACUCCACAAAUGCUUCCUCCUCCUCCCGGGACUUUCAUUGAUCGGGAAGAACUCAUCAAAUAUGUGGGUGAGUUUGCUGUGUCUCAGGGCUAUGUAGUAACCAUUAAGCAGUCUAAGAGGGACAAGGUGGUGGUCCUGGGUUGCGACAGAGGAGGAGUUUAUCGCAACAGGCGGAAAGUUACUGAUGAAUCAUCUGGGGUGGAGAAUACCCGUCAAAGGAAGACGGGUUCCCGACUGACUAAUUGCCCCUUUGAGGCUGUAGGCAAGAAGGAGGAGGGCUUGUGGGUCCUCCAUAUUAGGACUGGGACCCAUAAUCACGAACCACUAAGGAACAUCUCCGAGCACCCUUCUGCCCGACGACUCUCAGAGAAUGAAAUUUUUCUUAUAAAAGAGAUGACUGAGGCUGGACUAAAGCCUCGUCAGAUAUUGAAAAGGUUGCGUCAAACUAAUCCAGAGUUGCGGUCUACUCCAAAGCAUGUUUAUAAUGUUAAAGCGAAGCUUCGGCAAGGAAAUACAACAGUGAGGAACUUCAAGUCAUUAGCACCACAAACUACUGCAGUGGAAAACAAUUUUCAAGCAGCUGUUGAGCAAACGAGGCAGCGAAAUUCCUCGCGGGUGCCGAAUCUCAUUGGAGGAAGAUUCGUUGAUUCACAAUCCUUUGCAUCUAUAGAUGUUGUAAACCCUGCCACAGAAGAGGUUGUUUCUCGAGUUCCGCUGUCUAUAGAUGAGGAGUUCAAAGCUGCAGCAUUUGCAGCAAAAAGAGCUCUCCCAUCUUGGCGAAGCACACCAAUCACAACCCGUCAGCGUAUUAUCUUCAAGCUCCAGGAUUUGAUCCGAAGAGAUAUUGAUAAGCUUGCGAUGACGAUUACAGCUGAACAUGGAAAGGUGUUAAAGGAUGCCUAUGAUGAGGUCCUGCGGGGGUUAGAGGUGGUAGAAAAUGCCUGUGGAUUGGCAAUUGUACAAAUGGGGCAAUUCACUCCCAAUAUAUCAAAAGGGAUUGAUUCUUACAGCAUCAGAGAGCCUCUAGGUGUUUGUGCGGGUAUUUGCCCUUUUGAAUUUCCAGCAAUGAUUCCCUUAUGGAUGUUUCCAGCUGCAAUUGCAUGUGGGAAUACCUUCAUUUUGAAGCCAUCAGAACAAGUACCUGGGGCUUCUAUGAUGCUUGCUGAGCUAGCAAUGGAAGCUGGUCUUCCUAGUGGUGUCCUAAAUAUUGUCCAUGGCAACAAUGACAUUCUCAAUGCUAUAUGUGAUCAUGAAGAUAUCAAAGCCAUUUCAUUUGUAGGUCCAACUCCAGCCGGUGCAUUUGUACACUCAAGAGCAUCUGCUCACAGGAAACGCGUUCAGUCCAAUACUGGCAUAAAAAAUCUCGCCGUUGUCAUGCCUGAUGCAAACAUGGGUGCUACCCUGAAUGCUUUAGUAGCUGCUGGGUUUGGUGGUGGGGGACAGAAGUGUGCCGCGAUUAGCACGGUAGUCUUUAUUGGUAGUUUGAGUCCAUGGGAAGAUAAACUCUUGGAGCGGGCUAGACAAAUAAAAGUUAAUGCUGGAACUGAGGAGGAAGCAGAACUUGGUCCAGUGAGUAGUAAACAGGCGAAGGAAAGGAUCUGUCAAUUGAUCCAAAAGAGCAUUGAAAGCGGUGCGAGACUUGUACUUGAUGGAAGGCUAGUUGCAGUAGCAGGAUACAAUCAAGGCAACUUCAUGGGUCCGACCAUCCUAUCUGACGUCACAGUGAACAUGGACUGCUACAAGGAGGAAAUUUCUGGCCCUGUUCUUCUCUGCAUGCAGGUUUGCAAUCUCAACAAUGACCAUUCAUUGGAUGUUUUCUUUGUCGUGAUGGCUAUUACUAUACAGAUUCUGUUGACAACUCUUCAUGCACAGGCUGACAGCGUCGAUGAGGCCAUCAAUAUUAUCAAUGGGAAUAAGUAUGUCUCUGGAGCUUCGAUAUUCACUAUAUCAGGUUUAAUUGCGAGGAAAUUCCAGUCCGAGGUCGAAGUAGGACAGGUCGGAAUAAAUGCCCCAAUCUCGGAUCCUCUACCUUUCACUUCAUCUUUUGGCUCUAGGCCCACGUUCACGGGUGAUGUCAAUAUUGAUGGGAAAGCUGGGCUGAUCCACUUCUAUACCCAGAUGAAGAGAGUGACUCAACAAUGGAUCGGUAUCGAGAACACUACCGCUGAUGGAGGGAAUUCGGGUCCUUAGAAGCUUCUUUUUCCUCCCCCGGUUAACAUAGAAAGCCUGUACAAAAUUCUUCUAGAAGUAGGCGUCUGCGCUCGGACCCUCGCCCGAACUGCCUGCUCGAUUUUGUGUACCUAUUUGUAGGAGCAUGAAAGUGCAGGAACAUGCGGGUUUCUCUCAAUUAUUAAUAUCAAUAUAAACUUCUAGCAUUGUCGUUGUCGCCU